AUAACAAUUAACUAUGUUGGAAAAAAAAGAAAAAAAAAAAAAAGAGUAAAAUUUUUGGAGCUUCUCAAAACUUUCAAAAAGACUUCAAGUUAUUUUUUAAUAACUCUCCAGAUAACUAACCCAUUUUCCACCCUUCUUUAAGUUUUUCAAUCCUUACCUCUACCAAUUCAUAGCCUUAAUAUCACAUCUUUCAUAAUCUUUUAAAGAUGAUGAUGUCUAUGCGAGCCGUCGCGCGCUCUGCGCCCCGCACCUUCACCCGCCUCAGUGCAACCACCCUCCGACAAUCCAGAGUAGCGCAAACAAGCUCUCUACUCAAGUCUUCAUGGACACCUCUCAGAUCCUCGCAGCAAUUUGCGUCCGCCUUUUCCACGUCACAGCUACGACAGAAGCAACAGUCGUCAGAAGUUGAUGAGGAGCUGUCGGUUAAGCUGGAGAGCGAGAUUCAGCUUGAAAGCGAGAUGAGAGAUAGUGAACUGCCCGCCAGCGUCAAGGACUUCCUAGACAACAGCCCCUUUGAGCUUAAGGACGUCCCUGGAAAGGAAGAUGUUGUUUUGACGAGGAAGCUCGGCAAUGAGACCAUCACCGUUACCUUCUCCAUUUCUGACCUCACCAACUACGAGAACAGCGAAGAUUUCGGUGACGAUGCUCUUGGUGACGAAGACGCCGAUUCGCCCGAGAACCAACGCGCGUCGGAGGAGGCCGAGGCCGAAGAGGGUCUCGAGGGCGACGAUGAUCAAGUACCACCCACACCGUGCCGACUUAACGUUGUAGUCGAGAAGCCGGGCAAGGGUGCGCUGAACAUCGAGGCCAUUGCCCAAGGUGGCCAGGUCAUCGUCGAUAACUUCUACUACUUCAAGGACCCCAAGCUGGCCCACGGCGAGUCCGCCGAGAUCAGCCACGCCGCCCAGGAACUCUACCCCGGCCCACCUUUCGGCAGCCUCGAUGAGGACCUCCAACUCCUCAUGGAGCGCUACCUCGAGGAGCGUGGUAUCACCCAGGCUCUCGCCGUCUUCGUUCCUGACUACAUGGACAUCAAGGAGCAGCGCGAGUACCAGACCUGGCUCAAGGACAUCAAGAGCUUUAUCGAUGCUAAAUAGAGCACGGUUCAGCCAGGGAGGGGGCUUCAGUUAGAUGCGUAUGAGAAAAGGCGAGAGUGAGGAAGGGAGUUUGGGGAUAUGAAGGCGGAAAAGAAAAAAGAGACGAAACGGAAGCAUCUAUGAUGACGAUGCAUUAUGAGGAUCUACUAAGGUAUCCUUGUGUAAACUUUUCCACACUCCACAUGUAUAACAAUACGGACCAUGACCACCAAUGAAUGAAACUUUUACGUAUUCCAA